AUGUCCUGGUUCUCAUCCCAAUCAUCAACUACUCCCAGCGGCCCAAAUUUCUACCCUGUUACAUCCUAUUUGAGUGGAUUUGGUGAACUUACCACUGCCGACACAACUUGGUCAAACACAUCAAGUAAAGGUUCACAAACUGAGACUCAAAAUUGGUACACAAUCUUAGAUGAUGGUACCUGGAUAAUGAUUCAGAUCAUUUGGUCAUAUCUUGGUAUAUUCCUCGUACCUGCUACUACUCAAAUGACAUUCAAAGUGUAUAAUCCCAACACAAAAAAGUCAACUUGGAGAUCGAUUAAUGCUAGUGGAGUCAAAUUCGACAAACAAAGUGCUAAAUCAGAUCAAUUUGAGGUCAAACAUUCUGGUUCACCUACCACUGAAGAGUCAUAUCACAUCAUCGCUACCUUAGAUAAAGAUGUCAAAUUUGAUGUCAAAUUUGUUCGACCAGCAGAAGCACCGGGAUUCAAAUUCGGUGCAGGUGCUCAAGGUGGAUUCUCUACUUUCGGAAAAGAAAGACAAGAUGCUAAGAGGGACGGUUUCGUUAUCCACCGUUUCCACCCCUCGGCUUACUCUUCUGGUACUAUCACUAUCGGUGAUAAACCGCUAGAUGUGACAGGUGAAGGAAUGUUCGUUCAUGCUAUUCAAGGAAUGAGACCAAACUUGGUCGCUUCUCGUUGGAAUUUCGCUUUCUUCACCACUCCUCACGGAGCAGAUGAUGCCAAGUUGGGCAAAGUCAGAGCUGUUCAAAUGGAAUUCGAGACCACCGACGAUUACGGACCUAAAGGACCUAAAUCUGGACGAACAAAAGUCAACAUUGGAGCUGUAUACACCUCUGAAUCAGCGCCUUUGAUAGUUUCCGGUCAGACUCAUUCACCUUCCGCUACACCGGACGUUUACCCCACAGCGACCGAAUCAAUAUCAUCCGCCACACACAUUUCCCCAAUCAAAGAUAAAGAAACUGGAUACCUCGUUCCAUCAAGUAUCGAAUAUAAAUGGUCGGCGGAUAAAGUUAAAGGAGAAGGAAAGGUUUCUGCUAAAUUAACACAGGCAACUGCGGGAGCCAUAGUAGGUGAAGGAGGUCUAAUCGAAAAAGUGAAUGUUUUACAAGAAAUCCCUUAUGUUAUAAGGAAAGGUGUCAAUGCUGUCACAGGUGCAGACCCUUACAUCUACCAAUAUGUCAAUUCUGCUACACUCGAAGUAGAGAUCGACGGUGAAACUAUCCUUGUCAAGGGAUACCUGUUCAAUGAAGCUUCUUUCGUAUCUGAGUAA